AUGUCUGCACCCUCUCAGUCAGUGAUCUCAGAUGAUGGUGUCAUGUUGGUCCUGCAAGACCUGCUUCAGAAUAUAUUGCAACAGAUUCUGCGUGCUCAGAUGAUUGUUCUGCCAUGGGUUCCUCUUAUGGAUGAUGACGCCAUUAACUUCUGGUGGAGAGAGUUGUUUGAGCUCUACGAAUUAUUGGAGCCAUGCAUCAGUCGUGAUGACCCUGGGGAGGCAGCAAAUCUGUCAAAGAUGAUGAAAAAGCUGAAGAUGACAGAAAAGCCGUCGCAGGUGAAGAUGGACACUACUGUCACUUACCGUGAAGAAGAGGAUCUCGAAUCAGAGAUUUUGAAGGGUGGUGAAGAGCAACCAGUGGUAUAG